CGGUGUACGACAACCCUCGAGAAAGCGACCAACACAAUGGAAACAGAGCACCUGUCCGCUGUUCCUGUCGUUGACUCCCCAAUUGAAAGUAUGGUUUCAAUCGAUCCCCAAUACCAAGUCCCCAUCAUGAUCGUGGUGGCACUGUUAGGGUUCCUAGCGGUUCUCGGUCUCUCAUCUCUGUCGGUACAAAAGGCCCCCGUUGGAGAGGACGAAAAUGACGAGGUGGCAUCGCCUAAGCGAUCCACAUCCAAAGGCGUGACGACUCCCAAGCGUAACACGUCCAAGAGCGCAGACGACUCGGGUAUUACUCCACGUAGAUCGGCCCGCUUGGCACGACGAAAGGAAGAUUGAAAAGAGUAUUCAUCAUCUCGGAAAGACUCUCUUUCGUCUCUCUCUUGUACGUACGGGGAAUUUGUGCUGGUGGAUGUUUGUGCAAAAUAGUAAUAUUUUAAGAUCUAGUUGACUCAAGGGAG